AUGGGGAACACUACCUCCAGCCAACGCACUCAGCCAGACGACGGGCAAGUAGAAGAGGUCCGGCAUGCGAGAAUCAAUGGUGUCAUCAGAGAUGGCGACACGAGCUCCGAAGACAGAGACAUGCCCACAGGCAGGAGAACCCCAGGGUCUCUGAGGGCUGCAAGCCACAGGGCCAGCAUACUAUAUGACACUUUUCGUCGCCAUAGACUGACAGAUUGGACCAGUUCGCGGACGACUGCAGCUAACGCGUCUCCGCCUCCUGAAGAGAUUGAGUAUGAGCAAGACAACAGACCACUCGUGGAGCUGAGUGACACCGACAUGCCCGGUGCGGCUUCAUCUCCAAGCGUAUCUCAGCCAUCAUCACGCCGUCGGAUAGCGAUGUCGAGGCUUGGGUCGCGGCUCUUGCCAGAUUCCGUGGCAAGGGGGCUCCUGAACAGUGGAGAGGAAACCGAAGAAGAGGGUCAUGCGUUACGGUACGGUUCGUCAGAUCGCUCGCGACUGUCAGUCUACGAGAGGUCACCGCAUAGUGAGUCCAGCAGUCGACUGUCUCUGGCCGAUUCGAUCAGCAGAAGACCCAACGUCCGCACAGAAUCAACACGGCGCACCGUAAGAGCACCUUUUCCACUUCUGCACAAUAACCGUCAGCCGUCGGAUCCAACAGGCUCUUCCGCAGACUUGUUCGAUGUCCCCCGAGAGGUUUCCAUUCCAGGCACGACCUCCCUUCGACAUCGAAAUCGCUUCAGCAGGGUUCGUGACUCGAUCUCGAUCUCUGCACGACUCUCUGGACUCUUUGGCCAUUCUACGGAGACACCUGAAGGAGACCAGUCUGGAAGGUCAUCUCCUGCUAGACCGACCAGGGCGGUAACAUUCGCCGACGAACGUGACCAUUUAUUACCUUCACUUCAGCCAGGCGAUCAACGAACGGAGACAGACGAGGCGCCUCACGAGCUAGAUGCCGUUGAGCCGGAAACACGAACUUUGCUGGCUAGUCCGAGGGUAACCUCUGGUAUGAGCACUAUAAGGCGUUUUCAGCCUGGCCUUCGCUCUCGAUCUACUAGGCUCAUACGUCGAGGUGAGCACCCGCCUCUCUCCCAGGUUCUACAACUUGCAGCAGCGGCUAUUGCAGCUCAGCUAUCGGGACAUGCUACAGGUGGCAACCCUGCCGGUCGCCAUCUCGGUAGCGAUACAUUCGACGGCAGCAUCCAAAACUUUGUCCAAACGCUCCAGGAUGCCGCCACGGCACAGGCGGGAGAAGGGGUAGACAUCAACUCUUCAGACGGAGAUCUACCUCCGGUGAAUUUCAUGAGAGUGUUUCAGUUUCCAAACGACGAAAACGGGUCGCCUAUCGCGUCUCAGGCACAGUCCAGAGACAUCGAUCAAAUGGACAUCGACUCGAUUACUUCACCCGCAGAGACAGACAGGUCAGUAACAUUGGUGCUCGUGGGUGUACGAUCCUUGCCACACGGUCAAGAAAGCGGGAGCAGAGAGAAUGGCACCUUGGGCCCCAGCUUGGACACGUUGCUGAGCCUGCCCUUUUUACCACCAGCCAACGUACUGCGGAACGGGAGCUCUGGGGCAUUGUUUGGUCGGUCAGAUGCAAGAUCAAGGUCAAGUCCCCGGCGGCACUCGAUGACAAAUUUCAGUUUUCCUGCGCAAUACGAGAGCCAGAGACAUCAGCGGACGCGCCCCAACAUGGGACGACCGUCGGGUACUGCAGAGGCAACUCUCCCAGUCAUGCCUGAUGGUGCGGGAAACACCUCCCAUCUGUCAGAGAGUCCACCUGGACCGAAUCCACCCCCGUCCACUCCAGCUGAUAUUAGAAGCGGACAUGCGACUCCCAUUCGACGUCCCUCCUCUGCUUCCGCAGCCCAGAACUCCGCGCUGCCAGAGUUAGAUGAAGACCAACCUACGGCGAGUCAAGAAACUGUUGCUUCGGAAACCUCUUUCAAUACAGCGAGACAGCGAAGACGAAGUGAUUCAGAAUUUGCUCGACGUCCUGAGUUAGGAUCUGGCGCGGCCAGACGAAAUGGCAUGGUCGAACCUGACCAUCCGCCAAUGGGUGCUGGGCGUAGUUGGCUCAUCUAUGUUGUUGGCACGAACGUUUCCCCCGAUCAUCCAGCUUUCACAAUGCCAAGUUUAUUCACUGAUAAUCCGUCCUACGAGGAUAUGCAAAUGUUGUCAACACUUCUCGGACCGGUAAAACCACCAGUGGCAACACAGGAAGACGUCAGCUCCGCGGGCGGGCUCUUUCGCCUUCUAGAACAUGAAUGUGGGCUCCGAGGGGAGGCUUUGUCGGAGGCUCAUGGCGUGUCUGUUAUGGUCAACCACGGGGAGCGCUGCCUCAUUUGCCUGUCCGACUACGAAGCAUUGGACGAAGUGCGACAGCUCAAUAAGUGUCAACAUCUCUACCAUCGUGAAUGCAUUGAUGAGUGGCUCACGACUGGCCGGAAUAGUUGUCCCCUGUGCCGCGGUCAAGGUGUGCAAGAGAAAGCCAUGCCGUCGAGUUCAGCGCCAGGAGCUGCAGGAGGAGCUCCCGUCACGCUAUGA